AUGGAGAGAAGUCGUGGAGUACCCGACCAGGAGAUGUUCCUGAGCAAACCGGCCCCAGAAGACUGCGAUAGCCCUACUGUCGAGCCCUUGCGCAUUUUCAAACCAAAGAGCCCUGAGCCCGCCGGCCGCACCUCAGCUUCUCCCGCGAAUAAACCUUCAUUCCCUCUACCGCCUGGCGCAUCAAGCUCUGCCGCACCGCUUCCCUUCCCAGAUGACGACGAGGUGCGCAGACCGACUGCGCCAAGGCCUUACGGCUCGGCUUACAACGACACCACGCCUCGUCUAGACACGAGUUCCAUCGAAAAGAGGCCUGGCCUGGCUGAAAGGCGAGGCGCUUCACCCAAGGUCAUUCAUUCACCAACAACUCCCGAGGCAGAUCAGGGACUGUUUGCGCAGCCUUUGAAGGAGCAGCCUCGCCCAAAUCCCGCUAGUACAAGCUACCCGAGUUAUCAGAAGACAUACUACCCGCCUCCCGGCGCUGCUACUACGACGACGACGACGGCUAGCUCCUCGUCUACCCAAGCUCCCAAUGCAGACCAAGGUGUAAAUCGCUUCGCAUCUACAGCUUCAAACUCCACCACUCGAGCUAGCCGGGGCUCACCACCACCACCCGAGACUCCUGUUGUUGAACCUGGAACUAUUCCCGGUGGCGGUAUCGAGGCUCGAUAUGCUGCCUCUGGUAUUUCUGGCACGGCGACGCUCACAAGCUUGCAGGCUCAUCAAGCACAGAGUGCUGCUGCAUCUCAGAGGCUAGCACAAUAUGGAAAUCAACCUCCCCCUCAGCGUCCCUGGACGCCCACCGAGUCGCCUGAUCAAGCGCCCUCGGGACCCCCGACAGUAUACCAGGGCUUGAAUCCCAUCUCCAGCCCCGAACCGCGACUGGGAGCCGCCUCAGCACCUCCGCAGCCGGUACCGGCACCGAAUCCCAACCAAUACCAACAGAAUGCGCCCGUACAGGUAAGCGUUUUGGAACAGGACUUCCAACGUCUAGGCACCAAGACGCCGCCUCCGGCAUAUUCUAGUGUUAAUCCCAACGGAGGUUCAGCGUACCCCAAGGAGAAGCAGCGGCCUCAGCAAGCCGCUCCUCCUGGGGCUGCUACCGCCGCCGCUGCUCCCACAACCACGAGACCCAACACCACUCCUCCUACAGCAACCGCUUCUACAUCUCCUCCGACUAAACCGGUGGCACUGGCAGCCGGUGCCGGGGCUGUGGCGGCGACGGCAGCUGGAAUGAUUUCGCCUGCACUACAACAUCCCGGACAUCCUGCCUUCGCCAACGAUCCGAGACCCGAGCAAAAUGGACAGUCACUCCAGUCCCCUGCUCCUACUAUAUCUCUUCAAACCCAGACGCCAGCUUCCCCUCCGCCAUUGCCAGAAGGCUGGAUUGCUCACUUGGAUCAGAACUCUGGGCAAUACUACUACAUUCAUCUUGCAACGCAGGCAACUCAAUGGGAGUUCCCCAAAGGUCCGAAUCCAAUCUCACAUGAACAGACGCCACUUUCGCCAACGGCUUCUACAUAUGGGAAUCCAUUAACAUCACCCAUGUUUGGCAAGCAAUCCAUGGCUUCGCCCAUGUUUCCUCCGCACACACCAGGUUAUGCUGAGAGCAUCAUGAGCGUCGCUUCCCAGACUCCUACUGCUGUUGGGUUUUCCGGUCCUCCACCUGGCUCAGGAGUGGAAAUGUACAGAAUUCAACCUACUAAUGGUGUCUAUUUCGGUCCCUAUUUGCGAUAUGUCAACAUGGACAUUGAGAAUGGAGUGUGGCGAGGUAGCAUUCUCAUCGUCACAGAUGCUCAUCAGCCACCGACAAUUCAUAUCCAUCUGAGUGUAGAUCUCUCGCCAAACCCGAGACAACUUGAACCGCGUAACAUCUUUACUCACCAGCGGUGGACAUUUUACAAGUAUGACAUUGACUUGCAAAUGAGCGAAUCUGGUACAGAACGGUGGACUUAUGCUGUGACUUCUCACUUGGGCUGCACACGAUACGAAUUCGUAGUUGCAGGUCGAUACGAAACUGGCUGGCGCUUCAUUGCCCACUCUGGAAAUGACUUUGCGGCUGGUACUUCCCAGAAUGAAAGAGCGCGCCUCGGCGGUGUUGGUUUCAUGUGGAAAGAUGUUUUGCAGAAGAAUGUAGACUGCGGUGGAUUUCACGUUCAACUCGGGCUUGGGGAUCAGAUCUACGGUGACAGAUUGUGGAGAGAGGUUCCGUUACUAAAGCAGUGGUUGGCAAUGAGCGGCAGGGACAACAAGAAAAAUGUACAAUGGACCGCUCGGCAUGAGGAGGAUGUUGCCCAUGCAUAUUUCCACUUCUAUACAAGCCACUUUGAUCAACCGUUUAUGAGGGAGGCGUUCGCUCAGAUCCCACACGUUCUGCAAAUCAAUGACCACGACAUCUUCGACGGAUAUGGCUCAUACCCCGACUACAUGCAGUCCUCGCCCAUAUUUAAGAACAUUGGCCGCAUCGCGACGGAAAUGUACCUCCUAUUUCAGCACCACACGACCACAGAGAUGAUGCGAAACAUCAGAACAGACAACGACAUCUUCACAAUUACAGGCACUGGCUGGCACUUUGUCAAGUACCUUGGUCCGGCAAUGGCGGUUGUCGGACCAGAUUGUCGAUCCGAACGGACACAGGCUCGCGUCAUGGCCGGCCCAACUUACCAAGGUAUAUUUCCCAAAGUUGCAACGCUGCCUCCAAGCGUUCAGCAUGUGAUAUGGAUGGUUUCGGUGCCUAUUAUAUACCCGAGAUUGGACGCUGUGGAGAGUUUAGCCAAUACAGUUGCAGCUGGCAAAAAGGCUGUAAACACUACAUACAAUAUUCUUGGAAAAGUCACCAGCUCCGUCGCAGGCGUUGUUGGUGGUAAGGAGGUUGUGUCUCAGGGCUUCUCGCAGGUCAAAAAGGCGGUCGGCAAAACGGGUCUCAUGGGCAACGUCCUGAACCAGUUUGGUGAACUGGACAUUCAAGAGGUGUUGAAGGACUUGUGGACUCAUGAGACUAAAGACUUGGAGCGAACCUACUUCAUUCGCACUCUGCAGGGCAUCGCCCAGCAAAAGGGCAUCCGAAUGACCUUUUUGUCAGGUGAUGUCGCAGCUUCAGGUGCAGGCCUCGUUCACGAUCCCACUCACCCCGGUGAUCACAAGACCAUGUAUCAGAUCAUCUCUUCUCCCAUCGUCUCAGCACCACAGGGCGGCUAUAUCCUGAAGCUUCUGCACAACCAAAAGACGCUCUACGUCCCAAAGAAUGGACAAAAAUCGACGCACGAAGUGUCCGAUACCAAAGAAGACAUGAUGGAAAUCUUUCACACUGAUGCUAGCGGUGCCACUCGCGAGUUGAAGAAGUUGAUGGGCCGCAGGAACUACGUCACCUUCCUGGCAUAUGACCAAGAAGCGGUCAAUCAAGUUCCAUUUAGCCCUAACCCCAGUAUCAGUAGCAGCCAGCAGGGCUUGUCGAAACUCAGUCUAGCCGUGGACUUUGUUGUUCAAGGCGACGGGGCGUACACUGCAACCACCAAGUACGGACCAGUGAUUAUUCCCCAUCUCGAGUAUGGGAGGUAA